GGUUAUUUAAUUCGCUUAGUACGUGCAAAUUACGGUCGUUUUAGCAUCAGUAUCUGCAACGAACAUGGAAAUUUAGAUUGGAGCGUUGACUGCACGUCACACAGAUCAUUUUACGUCAUACACGAAAGUUGCGGUAUGAAGAAAAGCUGCAGUCUACCCGCUUCCAGUUCUGUUUUCGGGGAUCCCUGCCCUGGUACCCUCAAGUACUUAGAAGCUCACUAUCAUUGCGUUACAGAAUCUACUACGACUAUCGAUAUACCGAGCACCACGACUACAACAUCCACCACUACCACAACGCGACCACCCAUCAUCAUCCCCCUAACAAGAUUCACCAGACCAGUCACCGCAACCACAACAUGGCCGCUUUCUACCUUAUCUACCCUUACAUCACGGACUGUUACGUCACGGGUAACGUCAUUUAUGAGUUCUACUACUAACCAGGGGAAUGUUACCAUCUGGAGCGAGACCUCUGAAGAUACUACUUCAGUGACGGAACCUGCCACUACUCUUAAACCGAAAACCACGUCGAUUACUUUAUUUUGCCCCCCUUCUGUAUAUAGAAACAUGGUGUGGAAUUGGACCAAAGCUGGUGAGAUUGCAACACAGAAAUGCCCAGGAGGGGCUUCAGGGGUGGCAAAAUGGCAGUGUAGUCCCACGUCGAUCACGUGGUAUCCCGCUCAUCCCGAUUUGAGCCAAUGUAAUUCUCUUUGGAUCGAGAAUCUCAAAGCUAGAAUAAAUAAUGGAGAUUCUGUUGCAAGCAUUGCUGCUGAAUUAGCCCUCAUCACACGAACUAAACCGUUAUACGGUGGUGACGUGUUACAAACUAUGGAGUUGAUUCACAAAUUAAUAUCCAAGAUGGCUGACAGGAUUCACGAUAUAACUGACAACAAACAGCGCCAACAAUUGUUAGAAGAAUUCCUAGAAUCCAUUCUCGAUAUCAGUAACAAUUUAUUAGAAGAUAGCGAAAACAAUUUUUGGAAAGAUCUACCUCCGAGCGAACAAAAAAGAGCUGCUUCAGGACUCCUUCAGGGAUUGGAAAGAAGUGGAUGGCUUGUUGCAGACACUCACAAUCGUCGUUAUUAUUUGAGCAAAUCUCAGAGUAAUGUGUUAAUGACAGUUCGUGUAGUAGAUGCGUGGUCAACUUCAGAUAUCAAAUUCCCAGUUGCAGAAGAUAUAGACGGGAAUCCAUGGAUGAGGAUGGAAGAUUCUUUACUUCUUCCAACGCAAGCCGUGACUGAAAGGAUGGUAAAGUUAGUUUUGAUGGCAUACAACAAAGUAGACGAGUUACUGGGUGUAGAUCUACUACCGUAUACGUCUGCCAUCCCUGUAUCGAAAAUAAAAGAGAGUGAUCGAUCCCAGAACAGGACUCGUAUCAUCAAUAGCCGACUCUUAUCCGCAUCUGUAGACGGAUAUCACGUGAUUAGACUAGCACAUCCUGUGACGAUAUCCCUCAGGCAUAUACAGGAAGAGAAUGUGACUAAUCCCCGUUGCGUUUUUUGGGACUUUAACAUCAGGGCAUGGUCUACUAAUGGAUGCUGGAUAAUUCGCACUAAUUUGACUCAUACUGUAUGCCAGUGCGAGCAUCUGACUAAUUUCGCAGUCAUUAUGGAUGUCAAUGCUACAAAAAUGACUCUCCACAACUCCUUCAUUCUACGUAUCAUCACAUAUAUAGGAUGCUCUGUCUGCAUGUUAUUUCUCUUGGUUACUCUACUAUUGCUACAAUUUUACAGAUGUGUGAAAACCGAUCGGAUAACCAUCCACAAAAACCUGUGCUUAUGUCUCCUUUUAGGGGAAGCAAUCUUCGUUGGUGGAAUCGACCAAACGGAAUUUCCAAUUGUGUGCUCCAUACUUUCCGGAUUUCUUCAUUACAUACUUUUAUCGGCAUUCGCCUGGAUGUUUCUGGAAUGUUUUCAGCUCUAUGUCAUGCUGGUUGAAAUGUUCGAGUCCGAAAAAUCCAGACUGAAGUGGUACUACACAGUUGCUUAUGGAGUACCUUUGUUGGUGGUUGGUAUUUCUGCAGUAAUUGACCCUUACAGCUUUGGUACCGAGCGUUACUGCUGGUUAAGAGUAGAAAAUUAUUAUAUAUUUAGCUUCGUUGGUCCAGCUAUGGUCUGUACGAUGGCCAGCAUGUUAUUUUUGGGCCUGAUCCUGUGUAGGAUAUGCUGCCAGUCCAACGGAACCAUAGCAGCUAAAAAUAAGGAGCAAACGAAAUUAACGAGUGCCAAUGAUGAAGAUGCGUUAUCACAUAUCAACCGUCGUCUCACGGUCUGGAGCAGCGAAGCGUUUUUAGUCCUUCUGGUUCUCGGUUCGACUUGGGCUCUCUCUCUUCUAUAUUUACAUAAAGAAUCGACCAUUAUAGCUUACAUCUUCACGUCUUUAAAUUCACUUUUGGGUCUUCUAAUAUUUUCCUUUUAUUGUGUGAAGAACGAAAAGGUGAGGAAAGCUUUGCAGAAGUCUGUAAGAAAGACAAGAUGGAUGCCAGAAUGUUUCCGCCCAAACCAUAGUCGUGACAGCAGGUCCCAUCUAUACAGCCAGUCCAAUGGGACCAUCGCAGGAUCUGCACAGCACAGUUUACACCAUCAGAGUUGGAGCUCAUGCAUAGCACAACAGCAUAUGGCGCCAAAUGCUACUCUUCUUCAUUGCACCACACCAGACCAUCUGUCUAUAGUCACACUUAGUAACUUCGAAGCUGAAGAGCAUCCAUUGAGAAACCUCCGCCAAAGUGGGGUUGAUAGACUUUCAUCACCCGUACAGAUCAUCGGACCAACUUACACAACUGAUUACGUUAGUAGAUGGAGAAAGAACUCGACUCUUCCACGAGAACACGUUAGAUGGAGAGAAUGCCCUAGGAACUACAGAAAAAAUCAAGAGAGACCACCCCCGUUGUCCGACCACAUAUACGAAACGAUCGACGACGAAGUAGUGGAAAAGUACGACCCCAGUUCGGGUUGGGACCGCAAGAGCUCGACUCGUUCCAAUCAAAACAUUAUUAGUUCCUUGACUGCAGUGCUGACAGGAUCUCCCCGACCGCGCCAUCUUCCUUUAUUGAGGGAUACCUAUCUCAGACCACAGGUGGCAUACAGCGGUAUACACAGCCCGACCGAUUCCGAAAGAUCCUCUAGCAGCUUGAUGGAUGGAAGAAGAGUCAGUUCAUCCACAUCUCCGGAAAUCACGAGCUCACCAGGAUUCGAAGCCAACGAUUCGCAAUUCUUGCAGAGCCUUCCGAAUCUCCGCAGCGCGGAUAAUGUAACUGGAGAAUUCUCCCACGUUUCCAAGUACCCGAGUGAUAAUACAGUUCUAGCAGGUGCAGAAGAGAAAGACUGAAGUGGUUAGGAAUGUCUCCACCCAAAAUACACAAAAUAAAUUUGGAAAAUAUCGGUGCCUUUCCGGGAACCGUUGUGCAACCCUGUGAUACGUUUGCAAAUUAGAAUUUAAAAAAACAAGUGUGUUAUUUGUAAAUAUAAAUGGUUCGUGUCGAAGAAAAGUUCGUUAGGAUGUCUGAUCCUUGCUCAAAAGUCGCCUUGCAACCCUUCAAAAAAACAAACAACCACACAACUGGGUAAAUUCCAAUAUUAAAAGAAAUUGUAUCCCACGAAGAAGUUCCUCUGUCAAAUGCUCUUUUACCUUUAAAAAUAUUGUUUUUUGGCUGUAUAAAUCGUUUAUAUUCUGUAUAAAAAUUUAACAAUAUUGAGUAUCUCUAUAUAUAUAAAUAUAAAUAUAUAUAUUUAAAAAUUGUCUUCUGUUCACCUUACCCGCAUUAAGAAUUUUUUACUGGCUAUUGAGUUUUCUGUGAUAUUUUUGUGAAAUA